GCCUGGACUGGGCUGCGGACGCCGCAGGGCGCCCGCUGGGCGCACCUGUGCGUCCGAGAGACUUGGGUGCCCCAGAACAAGACCCUGACGCGCCUGGUGGUCACGGGGCCCGAGGACCCAAAGGUCUUCCUGGCGGCCCCGACGGACCCCGACGCCGGCCCGCAGGUGGCGGUGGCGUUCAGCUCCUACCCGCCCCUCGGCAGGCACGGGUGCGGCGGGAACGCCACCGUGCCGCAGAUGUACCUGGCCAGCGGGGUGGACCCGGGCGACCCCGCGCGGAGGAGCACUGGCCAGCUUCUCGGGUGCGGCGAGCUGACGAGGGCGGAGAAGAACUGGAUCCCCUUCGAGGCCCACGGCCAGCUGCACUUUGUGUACUCGGUGCUUCCGCACGUGGUGGUGGCGGCCUAUGAGGACGGCUCCUGCGGAGAGCGCCACUACUCCAGCUUCGCGCCGCUGGUUCGCCUUCAGGGCAAGUUCCCGGGCCUGGCCAUCCGCGGCUCGGCCCAGGCCGUCUACGUUGACGACCCGGACGCGACCCCGAAUUUGCCGCAGGCUCACUUCCUGGCGCUGCUUCACGUGGUGGACGCCCGCACGCGCCGCUACGCGCACUUCGCCUACCGCUUCAGCACCAAGCCCCCCUUCGACAUCUUGCAGGUGUCGUCGCAGUUGCCGCUGCGGGCGGCUCGGGCGGGCGAGCAGGGCGCGGCGUUCGCGUUCGCCAGCGGCCUGGGGGUGCGGGAUCGCCAGGUCAUCGUCUCCUACGCCGCGGGCGACCAUGACCCGCGGAUCAUGAUGCUGACGAUGUGGAGACUCGACCAGAUGUUUCAGCCAGAUAAUGAACUUUCUUUCCACCGUGAUGGCGCCGUGGAACGCGGGAUGCAGCAGGACGAGGCGACCGCCGACUAG